AUGGACACGUGGGUUGCGCGGGGCCACGGGCCUCUCUUUCGGUGGGGCGCCGCACACCACGUCCUCAGCUAUGAGGCCGUGGCAGCUUGGGCUGACCAACAAGCAAAGGCAAAGCCCUUCUGCCAGCUACCAUCCAACUUGCGGCUGGCCUUUAUUGCUCAGCAUCACGCGUACUACGCGACAGCAGCCAUCCUGUUUGCCCCGCGCACCCAAUAUACUCCCAUGGACCCGCGUGGAUCGGUUUCUGACCUGGCCCGUGCCGUGGCCCACCUGCGCGUUGAUGCUCUCUGCAUCGAGGCCACUCAUCCAGCUGCCGUAUCCCUGACGCGCUGUCUCAGUCCGUACAUCACCGUUCUCUGGGCACACACCGGCUCGCAGUCAGCAGAACCUGCCACGUCGUCCAGUCCACUCUUCUAUCUGGCAGACCCAAUCCUGCCACAGUCUUCCCUUGACAUGGCUUGUGCUGAACGCAAGGUGGUCGAUGAGCCAGACAUCUCGCAGCUUCAGCUCAAGGGAGCCCGAUGGCACGAUGCAAACGGAGAGGUUUCUCAUCGCGUGGCCCUGGUCAUGCAAACCUCUGGCACCACACGUGCACCCAAGCGCGUGUUACUGACUCAAGUCAAUUGCGAGCGUGCCGCUGCCAGCAUCGCUCAAACCCUGCAGUUGACCAGCCAAGACGUGGGCUGCAACGCACUACCGCUCUAUCACAUUCACGGCCUGGUGGUAAAUUUGUUUGCUACCCUGUUUGCCGGUGCUAGCCUCGUUCUUCUCCCGACAGCGACCAUGGCGGAUGGGCCUGGCCUUCUAGAGGCUCUACGGGCUUUUGAGGUCACCUGGUAUUCUGCCGUGCCCUUAGCCCAUCGCCGACUCUUGCGUGUGCUGCGCAAUUCCCCUGCACAUGUUGCCCCGUUGCCUCGACUGCGCCUUGCCCGCAACUGCAGCGCCCAUCUUGCCCCUGCGGAUGCCGCAGCCUUGGCCCAGCUGACGGGCUGUCGCAUGCUGACGACCUGCGCUAUGACGGAAUGCAUGCCCAUGUGUUCUCCUUCCCUCCUCUCCACGAACCCCUCCUGUGACUCUCUUGGCCACGCCUGUGCACCGGUCGUUCAGGUGGGUGUGCUGGCAGCUGACGAUCGCGUCCACAAUCAGGGUACGGGCGAGCUGUGCGUACGUGGCCCCGCCCUCAACCCAUACGAGGAUGACAACGGCUCCGUCUAUCUACCUGUGCACAGCAGCGGCUGGUUCCAAACCGGAGAUUUAGCCCGAAUUGACGGGCACGGCUGCGUCAAGCUUGAAGGCCGCCUCAAGGAUUUCAUCAACAGGGCCGGUGAAAAACUCAAUCCGCGCGAGUUGAUUGUUCUUGGCGCAACAUUGCCUCGAACAGCGACAGGCAAGAUUCAGCGUGCGCACCUUUCCCGGCUCUUGAACGGUCUAUCCCGGCCCACAAACCAUCGGCUGCUGCGGUUGACAACUGCAGCUGGGACACAGGCUCUCAGUCUGCAGGUUCAAGAAAUGCAUCUCGCGUCUGCUUGCACAGCCGACAUUCCAAAGCACCUAACUCCCGAAGCUUUACUGGUCACUUUUUGCGCCAUCAACUUGCCACGUGAUGCCCACCUCACCUUGGAACAGGUGGGCAUCGACUCGCUACGCCUUACAGAGUUGUUAGAGCUGCUCCAUCGGCACUGCGACGUUGAGGAACUGAGCCCGGAGGAGCUUUAUCGUACCGAUGUGGCGGUGGCAGUUUUCCUAGCCCGCUGGCAUCUCCGUCCUCCAGCAGUCGCUCCGAGCGGGAGCAACAAGCAGCAAGCUGUCGCGGCAAAGAAGCAGUUGGGGCGCCUUCGCCAACAACAAAUACACGCAGCACGGGAAAGUGCCUAUGACGAAGCCUCUUGUAGGUUUCGCAAUGCCAGAGCUCAACAUGCCUCUACUCUAUUCUGCUCUCAGCCGCGAAGUUCUGCUCACAUGCUUGCGUUAAAAAUGCUGUGUCGUGGAUGA